AUGGGUUUGUUGAGUUCUUUCUCAGGUAUAUCAACUUCAGUAGCUGUAACAGAAUUCCAAUCGUUUGAACUAAACGUAACCAAUACAGGAACAAGCUUUGGAGCAACAUUCUGUCCGAUAUUUAACAACGGAAUAAACGUUACAUGCUCCGUAUUACAUGGUGAUGAUACAGGGUCUAUAUGGUUAGAACCUAUAUAUUCAGCUACGGAGUGUUCAACGUACAAUUUUACAUCCGCAGGAUAUAAAAACGUGUCUGCAUACUGUGUGGUUGGGUCUAUUGUUGGAUAUGACAACCAAUUAGUUUACAUUGGAACGGAAAUAAAACAUCUUAUUGUAGAAGACACCAAUGCAAAUAUAUUCAUACCCAUGGUAAGGUCUGAUACUAAAACCAUAAAAGUUUCAUACGAUGAAGGCACUGAUGUUUGGAUAAACGCUUCGCUAAUUGAAACUGGGGCAAAUCUUUACCUUUCACCGAAUGGUUCCUCGUCACUGCUUCAAACUUUUGAUGUUGUUGGCAGUGAUUUACCUGGUAUUGGACAACAUGCAGCAGAGGUUGUAGUAUGGAAUGAAUUAUCUACCUUGAAGCGUUAUAUAGUAUUUGCUGUAGCGGAUGCGAUCGUCGGAUUUAGUUCUACAAUGAACGUUUCCUCGCCGUUUAUGAUUCAUGUUGAUGAUACUAUUACGUUUGAAAUAACCACGACGAACGGAUCCGAUAUAAUUUAUUCUACUGAAAUAGAUCAGGUUGCAUAUAUUGAAACAACUGCCGGAUUUGUUUCAUCAUAUUCGUAUACGCAUUCAUUUAAUGCGACUGGAACGUAUACAGUCAUAAUGGGAGCAUCUAACUAUGUUAGCAUGUUUGACGAUACAUAUACCAUUAUUGUACAGAACCGAAUAAACAAUGUUAAUGUAACUGCUCCUGAAUACGAGUUACAUCCCGGUGUUACUUUUGAUUUCAUGAUGGACAUUGAUGCUUUAUAUCCAAUGGGAACACUCAACGCAAAUAUUUACGACGGUGGAACGGUUCAAACCGUCGACUUAACUGCUUUAGCACCAGGCAAUACCAUAAACCAUCUAGACAGUAAUAUAACUGUAGGCUCACAUGCUUUAUUUAUUUCCAUCUAUUCAGAAACAUCAUCAUUGAAUUUUUCACUAUCAGUUACCCUUGAAAAAACGAUACAAGGUAAUCUUGAAUUUCUUCAUCCUGCAGAAGCAAAACUAUCUGAUGCUCAAAGUAUAGGAGUAAGGCUUACAAACACUGUUAAUGGUCCAUUAUACAAUGUCACAUGUUCUUUUAACGUUAGUGGGUUGGUAUUAACAGAAAUCUUUGAUUUGAUUUCCGAUACUGCUAAUCAUACAGUUGCUAUUACAUAUCCCGACACGGGAAACAUUCCAUUAUCAGUAAACUGUUCCAACCAGAUCAGCUCUCAAUCAUUAUCUGGAAACGUCAACGUUACAUCAGACUGUUUUGAAAUUGGAACACUAUUUAGUAACAGUUACAAAGAAGAAGAUAACCCAUUAGCCAUACUGAUUACAAAUGACAACACGAUAACAAGCAAAGGUGUUGUAACUCUUACCUGUCGAAACAGUUCAAGAGACUACUACUGGGAGUUAUGGCCACAACUCCAAAAUGGCACAUAUAUUAAAGACCUAUACUAUUCUAAUCCUGCAAAUCAACCAAAAUCUGCAACAAUUUUUUUUGGGAAAGAAACAAUUGCAGAAGGGAAGUAUAUGCUCCGAAUGGUUGUUAACUUGACAGAUAUUGGCCAAGCUUUAGAGGACGAUAUGUACGUUGAUUUUAGAUUACCAUCUAUUGUAACGGGAAUUCAGGGAGGCACAAGUAGAUAUGUAAACAAAAAUGACGAAUUGGUUAUAGAUGCUGGACCGGCAACAGAUGAUAAAGUGUUAAAAUAUAAAAAUAUCCCUUUUAAUUAUGCGUGGACAUGUCGCGAAGGAGUCGCACAGUCAGAGGUGGACGAAGUUCUCGGAAAAUUUGGCUCACCCGGAGCUCCGGAUGUCGAAACCCUUGGAUCUAGUUGCCCUUUUGUUGUACCUUUAUCAGGAGCAAGAUGGACAAUACAGCCUGCAAACCUUAUUGUGGACACAUGGUAUUUGUUUCAGGUGGAUACAAACAAAACAACAACUACGACCGUUGCACAAAUAGAAAGUAUUACCACUACCAGAUCAGCAACUGCUUUACAAGCUGUAAGGGUUCGAGCUGGGGACGCCCCUUCAAGUGAAAUAUUGUGUAAAAGAAAUUGUCUACCGAAAUUGUCCCUCAACUCCUUACUUAUACUAAAUGCAGAUUGUCCAACGUGUAGCUUAUCAGACACCAACUAUGAGUGGUCAAUAUUUGUGUACAGUACAGCAGGAGUAUUUGAACCUUUAGAUGCCGUAACACGAAUCAACCAGUCACAUCUAAUAGAAACAAAACUAGCAGGAGGUGUAGUAGCAGUAGCUCUUACUGCUGAGGAGAUAGGUAUCAGAACCGACGCCCUUGAACAAAUGGAUAGAGUAAAAUUCCACCUUUUGCUUAGAACUCCAAGUAGAAAUCAUUCAGAGGCAGAGUAUAUUGUGUCUGUGAAUGCUCCACCAUACGGCGGUACUUGUUCAAUAAGCCCAGAUACAGGUAUAUCAGUAACGACGUGGUUUACGGUGACAUGCAAGGACUGGCUUGACGAAGGAGAAAGAUAUGUACGAAACAUUGCAAAUGAUAGAAAUGAAUUGUUAUCAUAUUCUGUUUAUCACGUGAGAAAUACCACUAAUGGUAUAGUAGAAUCGUUAUUGUCAGAGACAGGAGACAGCAGUAUUGUGUCAACCUUAGCCGUAGGAGACCCUGGAAAUGAUUUUCACAGUAUAAUAAGGGUCAAUAUUAGAGAUUUCUACAACGGAUAUGCUCAAGUAGAAUUUCCAGUAAAGGUAACUAAUGUCAUCGAAAUCGACAGAACUAUACAAUCACAAGACGACCUGAUUGGUAAUAUAACAUCAUUGGUGAAUAUUGGAAUGGAAGAACCACAAAGUAGCAAUGAUCCUAAACAGGUUCUUCAUCAGGCUUCAACUAUCAUUGCUUCUAUUGCACUAAUUCCAAUAUAUCAGGAAGGGUUCAAUACCACGGACAAACCACUAGAUUGGUUGACUGGACUAUUAGAUGCCGAAAAGAAUGGGACGAAGUCAUAUGACGACAUAUUGACCGAUCUGCUGAAAAAUGAUCAAGAUCCGGUCAUGCUGGUAAUUGUACAGGCUGUUGACAAUUUGACGAAACAGAUGGAAGACCAGUUGGAGUCAAAUGCGACCACAUUUUUUAUGAUAGAAAUGGCAAGCAGUGCAUUCGCAACUGCUUUGGGUAGCAAUCAAAUAAUUAGUACCGAUGCUGGGACAUCAGCGUCAAAUGCUCUCACAAUUCUAGUUGCGAAUUUCAAAAACGCAAGUGAGACUGCCCUUACAUCUGAUGCCUUGUUCGACAGUUCUGAUCCACGCUUAGAAUCAGCAUCAACUGCUAUCAUGGCAUUGGUAUCUGCUGUUGUUGGAGCUACACUGACAUCAGAUUUUCCCGACAAUGGCUUAGCAUUAAUUUCGGGAACAACGGCAGACGCACGUAAACAAGUAGACUUUUUGAUAAAAAUGAACAGGGAUGAAGCUUAUAACAUAAUAGAAGGUGGUGAAUUAACUCCAGAGGAGCGCAAUGGACUUUACUUAAUGAGGGCAAGGAUUUCACAGGCCGAGUUUGAAGAACGACAAGACUUGGCAUCUUUAACAGAUACAUCAAUAGACACAGCAUUGCAAGUGAUUAUUGACCAAGGAUUGAAUAUGACAUGUAAAGGAUGCGAAACAACCUUCGACACAAAAAAUGUUAAUCUGUACAUAUCUAAGACAACGCUUCAAGCUUUAAAUGACGUAGCCAAUGGGUUACUCAAGAAUUCGACUAUUCUCAUGAGUUUUGGGUUUAGUACAGAUUCAAAUGAUACAACUUUAUUUGGGAUUGCAGUUUUCCCACAAAAUGUGUAUAUAGCUGGUGACUCCGACACUGCUUUGGUCACAUCUAACGUUCAUAAAUUAUCCUUAAAAGAUGAAAACGAAGACAACUUGAGUCAAACAGAAGUAGCCAUUAAUCAAACAGCAAGAACGUUGCAAUCAACACAGAACUUACCUGUUUACACUGAAGGUGAUGCUUCAAAUCUAUUGUAUCACUCUUUUUUCUACCGUGACGAAGGAGACUAUGUGUGUGUUUCCGUUGAUCCAGCAGAGGGUGUUCCGAAUUAUGUGACGUCAUACGAUGUCUAUGUGAAAGGCGAAUCUCAACCAACUCAUUUGAAUUACGAAGCCAAAGGAGAAAUUUCCCCUUAUAAUGACUGGAUGGUGUGCUUCCCUCCUCAAUUGUUUUCUAAAACUGGUGAAAUGCAUGUUGCUCUACAUCCAAACAGUAAAGUUGCUGGUUUCAAUGGAUACGUAUGGGAACCUACUACCGGUAAAUUUGCUAAUGGAUCAUACAACAUAUCAGAACCCGAGUUGAUGCCAUAUAAUUUGCACAUUGUAACAUCAAAUUGUAAAGAGUGGGAUCCAAAAAAACAAACAUGGGAAUCAGGCAACUGUAAGAUGGAUUGGUUUCCAAGUCAAGAUACUAUAGAAUGUACCUGUCGUCCAGCUUUCGGUUUAACAUUUGGUAACACUUUUUAUGUGGCGCCAAAUACAAUCGACUUCUCUACAGUGUUCUUACGUUUUGAUUUAGCCAAUCAAGCAGCUGUGCUCGGAACUCUUAUUGGUGUAAUAGCCAUAUAUUUACUUUUACUGAUUUGGGCGAGACAUCAGGACAAGAGAGAUAUUGUUCGGUGGGGAGUUACACCAUUAAUUGACAACUUCGUUGACGACACAUAUUAUUACCUAGUAACAGUCUAUACAGGAAUGAGACGAGGGGCAGGUACUAAGUCAAGGAUAGGAUUUAUAGUUUGUGGAGAAGAUGGAGAUACCGGGAUAAGAGAAUUAUCUGAUGGCGUCAGAUCGGAAAUACCAACUGCGAGCGUUGUACAUUUCCUGAUGUCAACACCAUAUCCGCUAGGAGAUUUAAGCUAUGUUUACAUAUGGCAUGAUAACUCGGGUGAAGGCGAGUCUUCGUCGUGGUAUUUAACUCGUGUUGACGUCGAAGACAUACAAAAGAGGGAAAGAUUUGUUUUCAUGUGUGGUAAAUGGCUUUGCCUAGAUACGGUCGAAAGUAGUGUAGAUGCCGUUCUACCAGUUUGUGGAAAAGAAAACGUGACAACGUUCUCAAAUAUGUUUUACCUUAACACGAAAGAAAACCUUGCUGAUAACCAUAUGUGGAUUGCCAUAUUCUUCCGUCCAACCAGCAGCCAUUAUACAAGAUGUCAGAGACUUACCUGUUUCCUUGUAUUUAUAUUUUUAACAAUGAUUGGAAAUGCAAUUUAUUUCCGCGAAGAAGACGAGUUUACGAAUGCAGGAUCUGAUAUUCGAGUAGGGCCAUUUUCUUUCUCAUUGAGAGCAAUUUACAUUGCAUUUAUGUGUGCAUGUAUUUCAACACCUACCACCAUAUUAGUAAUUUUGUUGUUUAAAAAGAGUAAACCGCGGAAAAAUGUAAGCUACAAUAUCAAAGACUCCUCAAGGAAGUAUAGAGUACCAGUAUUGGAUUCAUGGAUGGAUAGAAUGAUGGCAGAAAGUCGUGAAUUAGAGAAAGCUCUUGUGGCAAAAGGACUUUUUAACACGGACGGCACGAUCUUUCCAUAUUGGUUUCAGUACAUAGCCUGGUUUCUAGCACUAUCAGGAAUAGCCGCAUGUUCCUUCUUCCUGGUUUUAUAUAGUGUUGAAUGGGGAAAGAAAAAGUCUGAGGUCUGGUUAGGACAAUUUUUUCUGUCAUUCUUCACCUCAACUUGUCUUCUUGAUCCAAUGAAGGUUCUAUGUAUGUCUGCUGUAUUUGCAAUGUUAAUAAAACAAACCAACAAGUUCAAACCUACAGGACUUGAAAGGUCAUACAUUCUGAAAAACUACAAACAAAAAUUCGGAUACGAAACAGGCAUACGACUUCCCGCACCGCCACUUGACCACUCGUCGUUGAAAAAAGCGCGACAGGAGAGACAAAAAGAAUUGAAAAUGAUGGAAAGUAUCAAACAAGUCCUCAUAACAUGUUUCUGUUUAUGGAUUAUAUAUAGCAUAAGUUACAGUAACAGAGACAAUAGAUCGUAUAACUUUCAUCAAAACAUAGCCACAAAGCUUCUGACGCCACAGGAUAAAACAUUAGUGAAAUUCGACCAGAUAACGCGCGUCAUUGAUUAUGUAAGGUGGCUGCGAGAUACAGCAUUUCCUGAGUUAUACCCUGAAACUGAUUAUACAGGAGAACGAUUACAUUGGAGACUAAGACAAUAUUUCCACGAUUUGACAAGCUUUAGAGUGGGACCACCUCGAUUGAGACAACUAAGAGUCAAGGAAUCGUCCGAAGAUCUCCCAUUUUUUGGUGAAACUCGCACGAACCCGAAAUACUCCAUACCUACUGAAGAGGACAAAGAUUUCUGUUUUAGGUGGAAAAGUGGUAAAUGUGAUAAAGAAGAAGAGGCACGUUCAUUUUCGUACGCUGGAUGGAAAUUCACGAGUGCACUUGAUAUUUGGGGUAUUCCUAUACCUGGACGUUAUAGGACAUAUGGAGGAGGCGGAUAUAUUACGGAACUGGAUGUAAACUAUGAUUUUUCAAACAGAACAUUAAACGAAUUAACGGACUAUUUAUGGAUUGACAGAAAUACACGAGCUGUUUUCCUAGAGUGUAACUUAUACACUCCAGAUCUCAAUCUAUUCGCUUACAGUAUGUUUUUGGCAGAAUUUCCAGAGACAGGUGGAAUAGUUACCUCGUAUUCUAUCUAUCCAUUCCGAAUUUAUUUUCAUCUUGGUACGAAUGGUAUCUACACACUUAUUUGCGAGGUUAUUUUUCUUAUGUUUUUGGUCGCUUUGAUAAUCAAGGUCGUAUAUGGUCUGGUCAAGCAGAAAAAACUGUUUUUCAAAAGUGUCUGGAACGUGCUUGACUGUUGUUGUAUAUCCCUCAGCUUUGUGUGCAUUGCAAUGUAUGCUGGACGCCAUCUUCUUGCAUCAAAUACCAUGGACAGAUUCAAGGAAGAUCCAAAACAAUUUAUCAAUUUCCAACAUGUUGCAAUAUGGGACUUGCUUUUUAAUUUGUUACUUGCUUCUCUGGUGUUCUUAGCAACAUUGAGAUUAGUCGGUAUUCUUGGCUAUGAUAAACGAGUGGGUCAGGUUUUUAGAGUUUUCGAUAAUUGUGCGAAGGAUUUAUUCUGGUUUGGUAUUUUCUUUCUAUAUGUUUUCCUCUGUUAUGCUGCACUAGGAUAUUUACUGUUUGGAAAAGACAUUGAGUCCUAUAGUGAUAUAUUUGAAUCUAUCGGAACAUUAUUCAUCAGCAUGAUAGGAAAGAGUAAAUUUACAGAAAUAAAUGAGAAGGAUCCAAUUAUGGCACAAUUUUAUUUCUUUACGUUCAUCCUGUUGUUAGUAUACACGCUGCUAACAAUGUUUUUGGCCAUCCUAGGUGAGAGUAUUAAUGCAGUGCAUGCCAUGACUAAGAGGAGCAGGGAGGAAGAAUUGGUUGAAUACCUGAUGAAUAAAUUCAAGAAUUUAUUCGUUCGGAAGUCAGAAACUUCGAAAAAAUCCAAGCAGCAACCUUUACAGAACCAACCUGUAGGUUUCCUCUACGACCUUCGAAAAGGCAUAAAUGAUGCUUUUGACCAAUAUUCAGAUGAUGGUAAACCAUUACCACCUGCUAUUAUUGACUUCGAAAAAAGAGCAAAACUGGUUGCAGACAAAAAGUAAAUUAAAUAUCAGAUGCUCUGACGUGGUUUCAAUAUGCAGGUUGAACUGAACAACAGGACGUUACAUGUAUCAGCCAUAUACAAUAUGUUUUAAAUGACAGCCUUGAAUGUACUUUAACAACGAUCUUUCUUAGUUUGCUUAGCACAUUUUAGGCGGUUUUAUAAUAUAAUUAAAUCAUGUGAUAGAAAAUGCUACCAAAAAAGAUUCUUCGGAUGUUUGCUUAUAUGAAUUAUGUUAUUUUUUUUCUCCUAACUAUUAAAAGUCUCUUAUUUAUAUUAAUAUUUUGUGUGGUUUUAAUAUUGAAAAAAGUUUUUUUUAUUUAAAUUGAGUCUAGGAUUACAAUCUAUAUAUGUAUAUAAGAAACUGCAAUUCGACUUGUGUUAGUUUUAAUAUUACUAAUCAAGAACAGACAUUUGGAAUACAAUUCUAUAAACAUUCUUUAACAAAGUGUAAAUAAAUGAAAAUAGUUGAAGCCUUAACUAAACUCAAAUAUUAUCAUUAAAUAUAAAAAUGAAAUAAUUCAAUUCCGAUUAAUUUUGUUGUUGAUAUUAAUAAAAUGUAUUAGUGAGAUCUCAAUUGUUAAAGACUGCAUGUAGAUUUCAAAAUUUGUUAUUGUCAUGGGGUCAUAGUUUUGUUAGAGUACACGCCACGUCGCCAUUUAUUCUUCAUUUAAACUGACGACAACACAAAUAGAAUUUGUGUGAGAUAUUUUGUUUUAAUCCUUAUAUUCUAUUGACCUUUUUUCGUGUUGAUAAUUGAUAAAUGUAGGAAUUUGAUACAAAAAAGCCAAUAUUUGGUUUCUUAUGGAGAGUUGUUCGUUGGCAAUCAUACAACAUCUUCUUUUUAAUAUAGUUUUUGAAAAUCUUCUUGUAUAUUGACUUUGUAAUAUCUGGUUCAUUAAUCAAUCUUGUGUUUCAAUAGAUAUUGUUUCAGUCAAUUUUAUUCGUGUUUAAGUAAAUUGCAUAUCUGAUAUGUUUUCAGUUAAGGUGAAAUACCACCGAACCAUGGUACGUCACAUUAAGUUUCAUACGGAAAUAUUUUGAAAAAAGAUAUACCCUUGAAUUUAGCAGUUGUAGGUAAUUCAUCCUAUACACUAUUGCUGUAAAACAUUUCUGGGUCAUAAACAUAUCUCUUGGUUAUUUCAUCGCACCAUUAUUUUUUUAUUUUAGGUUUCUAUAGAAUAUUUUGGAAGUUACAUGGUUUCUAAAGUUUGAACACAAUUCUAAAGUACUGGACAGGAUAAAACUUUACUCAUGUCAAGUAUUUCUUUAUUUGAAACAAAGAUAAAUGCUGCACAAUUUUUUGAAAAGUGCAAAUUUUACAAAGACUUAUAUGAGAAAAUCAAUGGUGGUUUUACACUUUAACAUUUGUUUUGUUUCGAGUUGUACUACUUUUAAACGAUACCAAAACGUUUCGUAACAAACAAUGCAUUUUUAAACACUGGUGCAUGUAGCUUUUUAUAAGAUUCUGUAAAUAUUUUUAUGAACUUGCUAUUUUUUACAAUCAAUAAUGCAAAUUUUGUUACCAAUUCUUCUGUGUCCCUGUAAACAUUUUCCUAGAAGUAUUCUUUGCAGUAAUGAUAAUCCACUUUUUUCAAGAUAUAUUCCAAAAUCUCUGUUAACAAAAAAUACUGGAAUCGAUUCAUUGUAGAUGGUUCAUACAUUUAGGGAGCUACCAUUUCAUUUUUAUGGGGGGGCUAGGAUGAAAUUUGAAAAAAAUAGGCAGGACAGGAGUUUUGAGUAAAAAAAAGUCAGGAUGAGACACUUGCAAAAAAAAAAAGUCAGGACAACAAUUUAGGUAAAAAAGUCAGGAUAAACUAAAAAAAAAAAGGCAGGACCGGAUAGAGUGAAAAAUAAAAAGGCAGGACAGAGAUUAAAGCUAAAAAAAAAGGCAGGACAAAAUUUUUCAUCCUAGCCCCCCCAUAAAAAUCAAAUGGUAGCUCCCUUACCAUCGGCACUUUUUUCUUUUCAUAAAACAUGUUACAAUUACAAGGAUUUUAUGGUUUUUAAAACUAUACAAAUAAAAAAGAUUUUAUAAGAUUAUCAAAUAUGGCUUUUUGAAAACUAUAUGUUAUAAAAUUUAUAAAUGAAAAGUAAUGGUUAUCGAGUAAAAAUUAUAAUGGCAAUUAAUGGGUGAAACCAGUGGAUUCCGAUUAUCUGAUAAAAUUUCAAAAACAAUAAGAGUGGUCUUUUCAAAGAAGGUGAUGAAAAGGAAAAAUAGAACCGAGCAUUUCACCUAGCCUUAUUGAAACAUCACAUGCUUUCAUUCUAUGAACUACGUGUGUGCACUGGCGGACAAGGGAGGGGAGGGGGUUAGGAGGGGUACAUAUGCCGAAAUCUCGGGGUAAAAAACAUGCAAUCCCGAAGUCCCGAAUUUAAAGAAAUUUGAAUCCCAACAUUGAAAUCCCGAGCUUAAAACACCAGAUCCUGACGUCCCGAAAAAGGUCAUGCCACCUCUUGAACGAAUUUAUUUGGAGAUUUAAUUGAGAGAAGUCAUGUAGCAGACAUAUUGAUUCUAUUAAAAGGAUUAGUUUUGAGCUAAAAUUCAAGGCUUUAAUAAAUUUUUCGCGAAGAUACUGAUAAAGCAGAAACUGUGAUAUUAUGGUAGAGAAAAUGCUUACUGGUGUAUAUAAGCUUUAUUUGAAAUCGUCCGUAUUGUCUUGUACCAUUUAACUAGUUUUGAUCGUUAAUUAAUGUUAAGUUUUUUAAAAGAUGUUAUAAUCGUUAUUUUUGCUGACUCUUGUUAUAAAACGUAGGAAACAUAUUUAUUUCCUAACUUGUUACUGCUGUUUUGCUGAUUGUCGAUCUACAGUAUAUUAAUAUAUUAUCUAGUCCUUUAUGGCUAACAUUUAUUUGUUGUGAUUUUCUUUUAUGUAAGUGUUUUUGAAAUUCAGCACUUAAAACAAUGUUUGUUCAUUAAUGUAAGUUUUAUUUGGUGUAAUGUUUUUUUCUUCAAAAAAGAAAAAAACCACAAACACAUAGGAAUUCAAAAUAUUGAAGAUAAUCAUAUUUAAUUCUUAUUUAAGUAACAAAUUUUACCAUCUUAUUAUAUAUGAUGUCAUUUCUGGCAUUAUAUUUUUUUGUCAUUCUAUAUCGUAAAGUGGUCUUAUAUGCUGUUUUUAGAAUCGUUCUUUUAUUAUUUAAGAUGAUGAUAUCAUCUUAGAUUAUACUGUUGUCCGUCCUAUAUGAUCUCCUUGUAGAUUUAUAUUCGUUGCAUACUAAAUUAUAUUUUUCUAUCAAAUUCAUUCUUUUAUAGAGUCUUUCAAAAUAAAGUAUGUUGUUACCUU